AUGGAAAAGUAUAUUGCGUAUGCUGGAAUUGUCUCGUUUUCCGCGAUUUAUUAUUACCUGUACAGAGCCAAUUUACAAUCGCAAGAACAUGUUGUUCGUGUAAAUUAUCCUAGCUUUGCGACGAUCAUUGUUAUGAGUAUAGCUCCAUUGUUCUUCUUUCUGUUUCGUACUGCAAAAGUCAAUGCUGAGAUGGCAAAAUCAACGCCACGACGACAGGACGACAAGUAUCUUAAAAGUAUAUCGCGAAUGAUUGAGCGUUGGAGUGGAAAGCAACAACAAAUUACUCGAAAGGAACCAGGGAAUGAAACGAUUUACACUCGACAUUCACUUCCAUCCGAUUAUUCAUCAUUUUAUAUCGAAUCAUCGAAGUCAGUUCCGAUUUUCGCUGAAUGUGAAGUUCUAGUCGUCGGUGGUGGACCAUCAGGUAUAUCUGCUGCUCUAGCAGCCAGACGAGCUGGAGCUGAUACAAUUCUCAUGGAAAAAUUCGGUUGUUUUGGAGGCGUCAUUACCACAGUAGGAAUGGAAACUAUUGGCUGGUAUCGUUAUGAAGGUACGGUGGAAUCUCAAGGAGGAAUUGGUAUCGAAAUGGAACGCAUAGCAACGCAAAUGGGUGGAACAAUAAAAUGGCCUUAUAAUGAUAGUCAAUGUUUAGAUGCUGAUUAUUUCAAAAUCGUUGCCGAUCAUCUUCUCACGGAAGCCGGUGUCCGACCUAUUUUACAUUGUGUGGCAGUCGAAGUCAUCUUAGAUAAUAAUCAAAUCGCUGGAGUGAUUACUGAAAGUAAAUCAGGUCGUUUAGCAAUACGAGCUAAACGAGUGAUUGAUUGUACGGGAGAUGCUGACGUGGCAUAUCUAGCUGGAUGUAGUUAUCGACAAACUCCUAAAGAUGAAAUGUUAGGAGUUAGUACAAUAUUUUCGUGUUCGAAUGUUAACAAAGAAAAAUUUCUACAGUAUACCGAAGAAAAUCCAGCGACUUAUUCCGAUUGGAGCGGUCAGUGGGAUCAGGAAACCUCAGGAAAGGAAGACAAUCUACGCACGCCUUAUUUAGAAAAAGAAUUUCAAAAAGCCAUCGAUUUAGGUGUCAUUCCAAAGACGACACACUUAGGUGGAUCUUGGUCGUCUCUGACCGAUGCAGGUGAAGCAACAAAUUUGAAUAUCGUUUAUAUGAAAGAUUACGAUUGUACGAAUGUACAUGAUUUAACGAAAGCUGAAAUGGAAGGACGGAAAGAAACACUGAAUGCUAUUAUGGCUUUGAAGCAUGUGGUUCCGGGUUUUGAAAAAGCGAAAUUGAGAAAUUUCGGAAUGACACUUGGUACGCGAGAUUCACGAAAAAUUAUCGGGCGAUAUAAUCUGACCGGAGAUGAUGUGAAAAACCAAGCACGAUUCGAUGAUAGUAUUGGAAUAUUUCCUGAAUUUAUCGAUGGAUAUAACAUCAUUAUUCUUCCAACAACAGGUCGUUAUUUUGAAGUUCCGUAUGGUUGCUUAUUACCCUUAGAAGUUGACAACCUUUUAGUUGCGGGACGAUGCGUUGCUGGAGACAAGACAUCUCAUGCAGCGAUGAGAAAUAUGGCUGCUUGUACGAUUACAGGACAGGGUGCAGGUGUGGCUGCAGCAAUAUCAAUACAGCAUGAUGUAACUACAAGUGAAGUCGACAUUCAACUCGUACAAGAAGAGUUAAUUCGUCAAGGUGUUCGACUACAUUGA